CAGUAUCCUUAAACCCGUGGCAAGCACUACCAGAUAUGGUGCAGAUAAAAUCAAAAUAUGGAUGCCGAGAAUGAUGCCGCUGCUUAUAUUGUUCAGCUAUUUGGAAGAUGCAGUACAGGCAAUUGUGCACCUGCGAAUGCAUGCAAAUCAAAUGGCCAUAAUCAUGAAUAGCUGGGAAAUAAUUGGAGUUAUCUACAUGCUGCUGGAUAUUGCCAUAAUUCUGACAGGCACUGUGCUAAUUGCAAGCAGCUGGAACGAUGGCAGCGGUGUCGUCAUGUUGCUGCUGCCACGAACACUGAGAAGUUUCGCCUUUGGAAUGUGGGAUUAUGAGUUGUUGUUGGACUAUUGCGUAAAUGUGGCAUGUUUGUUGCUGCUGCUGGCGAUGCGACUGAGUCAACGGCAGGCGGACGAGUGGCACAACAGGCAGCAACAGCAACGCAACUUGCAACGUUUGCUUUUGCUCGGACGCAUUUGCAUGUGUUGUGUAUUUCUCUUGUGGAUUGUCGAGAAACAUCAGAUAAUUAACAAACCAUUUGCCGUGGCAUGCUUUAUAUUUAUGCUAUUUGGAGUUCGAUGCAAGUUGAUGGCCAGCUUGACGGUUUUAAUCUUGCUUUGGCAUUGCUGUUUCCAGGCAAAUGGAUCUCUCAUUUUCGGCUGGAAUGAUUUAACAAUUAGCAUGCAAUUCAUAAGUUCAUUGCUCAGCAGAGUGGCCGGCUUUUUCCUCCUCGCUCGCCUCGGCGGUGGCAAGUGGUCUGUAGAUGCUUUGGUCUAGGCCAGGCUAACACUCUGCCGCACUUUAUCAAUGUAAACUCGGCUCGAAAAACAAGUUCAACACAUGCCUGAACGAUUCUUCAGACUGUUUUUGCCGGAUUAAGAUAUAAAAGUCUUUAAGAGUCGA